AUGAUGGUAGCAGUCGGACCACAAGAAGCAGAGCUGUCUAACGAUUUGGAACAUAUUGGAAUUCAGAACAACGAUAUCACGAGCGAUCAAGAUGCUGUUCUACAGUCGUUCAAGUCUACAGUGAGAAACGUGAAAGGCCUAUAUGAAGUAUAUCUGCCGUGGAAGAUCUGUCACCCAGACCUGCCGUCAAAUAAAAAACUGGCAAGGAGGGGACUCCGUUCCCUGACAACAAAACUCCUGAAGAGCGAUAAUGUCUUGGCUGAGUAUGACAAGGCGAUUAGGCAGUAUCUAGUCGAGGGUCAUGCAGGAAAGGUGCUCUUACCUGCGACAACAUUUGGCAACGGUUCGCUUAAACGCUUGGUACCGUGCAGACUGAGACACGCUAUGUCGUUCGAAAAAGUUCUUCACGACAUCGGAGGCUUUGGCGUGUUCAACAGGACCAUCAUGGCAGCCUUGGUGAUUCUUGGCACGUGGCACACAGCCGUCGCCUACUUUUCUCAUCUGUUCGUGCUGCUUACUCCCUCUGGACAGUGGUGCUUUGUAAACGGGAGCAACGUGGAAUAUUUUGACCUGGCUGCGCUACCCCACAAAAUGUGUCAAAUAGUAUCGACGACGCUUCAGAACGACAGCGCGACUUCCAACAUACAAGAAACGUGCGUGUCAGGGUGGAUUUAUGACAAGGACGAAGUGUUCCUCACCUUAACUAUGGAGAAUGGCUGGGUCUGCGGAAACAGCUGGAAGUUAUACUCCGUCCACGUUGCCUUCUGGAUUGGCUCCGGGGCUGGAUAUCUAAUCAGUGGUCUGUUGGCAGACAAGUGGGCUCCCGAGUCUUCUAGCUGGCUCAUUUCAACAGGGCGAUCUGAAGAAGCCUUAGGCAUACUCGAGAGGAUUGCCAAGCUUAACAGGAGAAGGGCCACUAGAGAAAGUAUCAGCACGGAACUUCAGAUGUAUACCGAUGGAACAACAGCAGAAGAACCAUCUGCGAACGAAGAAAGGUCGAAACCCGGGUUCUGGAAAACAACUUUUGCACUUGUGGCGACACCACGAAUAAGGAGAGUCACGCUUAUGAUGUUCUCAGCAUGGUUUCUUGUUUGCAUGUGCUACAACGUGAACCAGAUGGAGCUCGGUCGAUUAGGGCUAGACGUUUACUCAACGUACUCGAUAGCGAUGGCGUUGGAACUUCCUGUCAGUGUAUUUUGCCUCUUGGCUUUGGACCGACUGGGACGCCGUUGGCCUAAUGUUGCCUUCAUGCUCAUAGGUGGCGCUGUUGGUAUCACUGAUUACCUCGUGCAUACAGAUUCCAACACGUGGCAGUUAAUAAUGACGGUGGUCUGUAUGAUGGCGUGGGCUGGAAGCUACAACAUCACCUAUCAGUUGGCGUCUGAAGUCUUUCCUACAGUGAUCCGAGGAAGAGGAGUUUUACUGAAGAUGGUCGUGGGAGAUAUUGGAAGUUGCCUGGGAACGCAAGUUGCUGCGCUGGCAGAAUACGACAGACUCCUUCCAACCCUUGCGUUGGGAAUUGUCUCGCUUGUGGGGACAGUAACGGUGUUCUUUCUACCAGAAACGGUAGGCCUUCCUCUACCGCAAACAGUCGAGGACGGCGAAGAGUUCGGCAAGGAUCAAGGGCUGUGUUUCUGUCCUGUAUUCGCGUCCAGAGCUCGCACGAAGCGAUCGUAA